UGGAAUGCACCCUAAACCCUAUUACUAAAAACAAUGGGGACCAGUGUAGUCUGCUUGGAAACACAGUGACUGCAUUACAGAAAGUGGAUGGAAAUUAUCCUUCAUUACUUCUGGAUAGAAACUAACUUCAGAAGAUGAAGCUGCCAGCUUUCCACAUGUACUGCUCCUGCUAACUCCGUUCUUCAAAGAGAAGUUAUUCCUGCCUAGGAUCCCUCCAUGGUUGAAGUGUUCCAGCUUGGUUUUAUGUAGUAGUUUCGGUUCUGUUUCCAAUGAAGAACAGCUCGGGCACCAUGCUGGACCUCAGCUUCUUGACGGAAGAGGAGUAUGAUAAGCUCAUGAAUGUCCUGCAGCGAGAUGCGGAACUACAGAAGAAAGAUGGGGACCGCAUCAGACGUCUCCAAGGAUCGUUAAAAGAUGAAAAAAAGAAAAAAUUUGUCACCGGACAAUGGUUUCAGGAUGUCAAGUCUCGACGUUUCCAGGAAGACUUACAAGGCUCUGACUUACUUAGAGCGUCCAUUCGGAAAAAGCGAAAUGCAGCUCAAAGUGUAAGGAAUGGAAAAGGAGAUGAUUUCAGAGAAGCAAUACGGAAUCUAUCCACACAAGCGGAGCUUGACUCUCAGGGACAACCGAGUGCCAUGGAAGGUAACUAUGAUAGGACUGCCAGUGUGCCUCAUCUAAGGGUACAUUCAUCUUCACUACCUGAAUUAUCCACCCAGUAUGAACCAGAAAAGAGAACCCUGAAUGACAAUAAAACAGACAGUAUAAUUGAUGAAGAGCCAUCCCCAUCUUCUGAAACUAGAAACUUUCCUGAAGAAGGUGAAUGUGGAAGUAAUUUGUUACAGGACAGUGCACAAAGGAAGAAUUCAAUAUCAAAACCUGUUCCUCCUGCCAGAAAAAUAUAUUUUCCCGAGAGAAGUCUAACCGAAGAAAAUGUAAGCCCAAGUAAGAUACCAGUCAAAAGAAAAACAAGUCGAGACGUUUUAAAGACUGACAUUUCUCCACAAGAGGAUCAUUCAAGCAUCACGUCUAAGAGGACAGAAAAAUUAUCACAGUCCGGAUUAUCUUCCCCAGAAACAGAGUUGCCUAAAAAUGUCAAAACAAACUUUGAAGUUCAUUCAAUGAAAGAAAUUCAAGGAGAACAAGAGCCCGCACUAGACAAAGGCCAAUUUAUGUCUCUAAGAAAAUUUUGGGAAAAAGGAGCAGGGAAUUCAGGGAAUGCGGGUCCUGGCCAUUUAGAAGAGGAAUCACAAGAUACACAGAACAUAGAUGAGUCUGCAAUGUCAAACCACUCAGUUCCUAUACAAUCCACAACAAAAGUUAAUAAUGAGGAGAGAUCUGUACCGGAGUUUGCACAUCGAUUGAAGUAUUUCUCACAAAGACCUCAAGUUGUUUCCUCUAGUGAAGAUGAAAUGGUUCAUGUAGUUCCACAUAGAAAAACCCCAUCUUCAGUACCAAGGUCAACUUAUGCCAAAAGCAAGGGUUCAUCCAAUUCUAGAAGUGUCUCUGUAUCAGAAAGUAAUGGGACAACCUCACACAGUGAGGACAGCAGCGGAGUUAACCGCUCUUCUAAGAAAUCAAAGCUUCCAGUCAGAGCUUCUUCAGUGGUCAAGGAAAAUAAAGUUGAUCCUACUUCUUCUCAGAAGGACAAGCAACCAACUAUUUCUGUGCCAGAGGUAACAAACUCUGUCGAGGAAAUCAUUGUCCCACACAGCAAACCGGAAGUAACAGAGUCCCUCUAUAGCAGGGUUCAGAUUCUAAUCGAUACAGUGUCUUCUGAUGAAGACCACGAAGGUUCAGACCAAAAAUCCAAAGACGGAGACACAACGAGACAUGCACCAUUGGAAACAGAAAAUGGCCAGAGCGCUGAUGAUAACCCUGAGGAUGUGGUUCUAUCAAAGUCUAGCAAUGUUAGCAAUGCAAGAAGCAUGGUGAAUAUUUAUACAACUACAGAAACAUAUAACAAGCCAAACCCGUUAAAUCACCAGCUCCUGGAGCCGGAACGUGCUAAAGAGCUGAGCAAAUCCACUCCUGCCCUGCAUUCUGAGACUGAAUCUGACACUGCUUCUGAAAUUAGCUUCAACUUUAAGAGACACAGAAAGACCCUUAGUGGUGGCAGCAACUCUUCUGAUAUGGCAUCAGUAUCUUCUGUCAGUAACAGCGUGCUCAGCGUGUACAGUGGGGACUUUGGAAGUGUAGAUGCUCAGGGAACAGUUCAGUUUUCUCUGGAUUAUGAUGAGAAGAACCGUGAGUUCCAGAUAUUUGUGGCUCAGUGUAAGGACCUGGCUGUAGUGGAUGAGAAGAAAGGACGAUCAGACCCGUAUGUCAAGACUUACUUACUACCAGAUAAGGCAAGGAUGGGAAAGAGGAAAACAUCGGUCAAAAGAAAGACAACCAAUCCAAUUUACAAUGAAGUCUUAAAGUACAAAAUCGACAAAAUGGUGCUGCUGAUUCAGAAACUUAAUCUGUCUGUGUGGCACAAUGAUCCCCUUGGCAGGAACAGUUUUCUUGGAGAGCUAGAGAUCGAUCUCACUAGCUGGGAUUGGAGUAACACAAAGCCUAAUUGGUACACCCUGAAACCACGGAGUCUAUCUGCAAUGAAUGGUGUAGAUCAUCUUGGAGUUAUGAACUUGUCAAUUAGAUAUAUCCCUCCAGGAAGUCUUGGUCCAAAGCAUCCAGCCUCAGGAGAAGUCCAUAUCUGGGUGAAAGAUACUAAAGAUUUACCACAACUUAGACCUUCUGGAGUUGACUCUUUUGUAAAGUGCUAUGUAUUACCGGACACCAGCAAGAAGAGUUACCAGAAGACACGUGUCAUUAAGAAGGACUCAAACCCAGUAUUCAACCACACCAUUGUCUAUGAUGGCUUUCAUACCGAAGACUUAAAAGAUGCAUGUGUUGAGUUGACUGUCUGGGAUCAUGAAAAACUCAGCAAUCAUUUCCUUGGGGGCAUAAGACUUGGACUUGGUACAGGUUACAGUUACGGGAUUGCUGUGGACUGGAUGGACUCUACACAGGAAGAGGUGGCCUUAUGGCAGGAUAUGAUGAUGACCCCAAAUGAAUGGAUAGAAGGAUCCCUGCCCUUAAGAUCCUUGGCUGGAAGAAGGAAGUUCAAAUAAAAUUGCUGUUUGCAGACAUUUCAUGGUACUAGAACAGUAUAGAACUGUAUGUAUAUUUUGGGCGGGUGGAAAUUUUGUGUGAAUCUGCGUCAGUAGAGUGUAGUGGAGAUAAAACAACUUUUGGGAUUUUUUUUUUCCUGGUACGCUUGUUUUCUUGGUUGAAGAUUUUUUUUCUGUGAAUGUAACCUUAAAGUCCAGCAUUGGUACCUGCUCAUUCUGCAAAGAUGGGUGUGUAGAGAGGCAGUACAAUGGGCGGUACAGUUGUGGAGGCAACCAUGUGACUCCCAGGAAGUUCAAGAGCUGGUGCAUGGAUCAACGGUGAGCUUACACUUCAAAACCAGUGACGUGCCACGGGUUACUUUUCAUCGCCAAAGCACUUUAUUUUGGAUGUACUUUAAUGACUACCAUGAAUCUCCCUUGGAGGCAAAUAUUUGGCAGUACCUUCCCAUGGGGGAAGAUAUUUGGUAGAACCUUAUUUUUGUAUACUCCCACGCUUUCUCAAAAGGAUAAAGAAUACCGGAUUUUUGGCGUUUGGCUAUGGGUGGUGUCUAGCUGCCUAAGUAACAGAAGUUUAACAUUGAACAUUUGAGUGAGACAAAAAAUCAAGAACUUUUGUUCAUCCCAGACUUGAAGAUUUUGGUUAAGAUCUCAAAUGAUCUCCUGAUCUACUCGAUUUCAGUCAGUGAAGUCAUAGUACUUUGGUACAGGACUAACAAAAAGAAGAAAAAAGGCAUUGCAAAACAUAAAAUAGCAUAAAAAUAAUACAAAGAGCAAGCAGAUGAUUUGCCUUAUUUCCCAGUCACUGCCGUGAUGUCUGAGGAGAUGUAUGUGGACAUUAUUUUACAUUGUGGUUUGAAGAAAUUGCUUUAUUCUGUUCUGGAAAUCAAACCUAUGGUUGUAAAGUGCUUCAGUGUUGCACUUAACAUUGUGAAAUAGGGUAUAAAAAUAAAGUAAUUGUACAUGUUUUUUACUUUAA